GUUUGACUGGCGCUGUAAUCCCAAAACCAAAUUCUCCGAAAACUCGCAUGUCCACACAAAACUGUAAAAAUGGGAAAGCUUGGAAAAUUACAAAAGAGCAGAAAACACAAAAAAUUAAAGAAUGUAGGUGCUGAAUAUGUCAAUGAGUAUAGGGGGAAGCCUUCCAAUUUAGCACCAACAAGUAGUGAACAAGAUGUACCCAAGAAAGUGAAAAACAUCAUGAAAUAUCAAGGAAAAACACCACGACAAAUACAGAAAGAAUAUAUUCAAAAUAACAGCAAGAAAGGAAAGAAACAUGUUUACAUGGAGCGGGGAAUGACAAGACCUAUGUCCGAGGCUCCAAAAUUUGUACAAGGAAAGAGAGAAAAGAGUAAAGAUUUCAUGAAAAGGGUAGAAGUAGAGACAAGAAAAGUCCUACACCGACAUCAACUGUCCCAGAAAUUUAAGAUGGAUAUGGAUGCCUUAGAAGCAGGAGAAAUUAAACGGCACAAGAAAAAGAUGAGUGAAAAGCAGAAAGAGAGAUUGCAACAGAAAAAGCAGAAAAAGUCUGAAAAGAAGAGAAAGAAUGUGAAUGAAUUUGAUGACUUUGAAGACAGAGUAAAGUUUGGCGAGGUGGCCAAUGAGCCCCCAUCCCUUACAGCUCUACCCAGGAAAGCCAUCAAGGAGGAAUCUGUCCCCAGGCCUGGGAAGAAAUCAUUACUUCUGAAGGAGAUAAUAGCAGAUAAUGCUUCUGUUACUCCAUCUAGUGUGGGAUCAUCAUCCAAGCGUGAAAUUGGACAAUCAAUCAAGCGUAAACAUAUGUCACUGGCACAACAGAGUAUUAUGGACAGAGAAAGAGAGAAUGCAAUAAUGUUAUAUAGACAGCAAAGACAGAAAAAAUUAAAAACCUUUUGACACAAUGUAUUUUGAUUUAAUUGAUCUUUAAAACAAAGCCAUUUUUUUCAAAAAUAAAUAUUUUUAGCUCACCUGAACCAGAAGCUGAAGUGAGCUUUUCUGAUUGAAGAGUAUUUGGUGUCUAUCUGUCUGUCUGUUUGUCAUCUGCAAAAUUUUCACAACUAGAACAUCCUAGCCAAAUUCAACAAAACCUGCUGAAAGCAUC